AUGCUUGAUGACGAUGAGGAAUGGCGCCCCACUCCCUCGUCGCUGAAUAAUAAAAAAUCAAGAAAGACAACAAAGAACAAUGCAUCGUCGUCUUCAUCACCGCCAACACCAUCACCGCCACAGUCCUCACCAACCCCACCGGUUCUACCUGAGGAAUUCAAGAACCAUAUGAGAGAGCUGAACGGCGGCGGCAGCGAGAUGCAAUUUGUGAUGAGCAAGAAUCUCUCCAAGACAGAUGUGAGCGCCAAGCACAACCGUCUAUCGAUGCCUCAGUCAGAAAUAUGUUGUGAUUUCUUGACUGAGGCUGAGAAGGCAACCUUGCAUGAGAGGGAAGGAAGGCUUCUUCGGGGUGUGGAAGUGAAGGUGUUGGAUCCAUCUUUCAGGGAACAUACUUUGAUACUCAAGAGGUGGGAGAUGACAA